CAUACUACAAACAAAUCUUGACAUUGUAUACACAUACUGACAUAACUAUGAUACUAUUGGAUAUCGUGGAUAAUUAAAAUCACUGACGUCAGUACUAGUAAUUUCCCUUCUAUGAGUACUGAGUAAUUCGUGUCCAGCUGUAUUUUACAUAUUACAUAUACAUACGUUCGAAGAUCGUUUUGUUAGUUAUUUACUAUUAUUUAGUCGUGAGUCUUUAUAUAAAUCUUAAAUCCUUGGACAAAAACAUCGAAGUAAAUUUGCAAUCCCAGUAUCAUACAAUUCAACAGCAGACAGAAUCAACAAACUAGUCUUUUGAGUGUGUUAGUAUAUACAUAUAUAGAGGUAUUACAUUGGUAUGCUCUGAAGCUCUAUAUAAACUGGAUAUCGUCUGGUCAUUACAAAAAGUUAAAAUCAUUGUGACCAGAUAUCAGAGCAAGUGUCGUUUUAACACGGAAGUGUAAACGAGAGCUUGGAUAGAGCGAAUAAUAACGGUAUCGUGGUGAAGAGGGUGACCUUCAGUACUAACAAAAGCUCUUCUAUGCAUUAUCAUUACAGUUGAAUAAUUGUCAUCAUUUAUAUAUUAAAUAUUUAAUACGCAAUAUAAAAGUGCACUUGAGUGCAUACAAUUAAAAAUAAAAUAAUCUCCACAGAUUAAUUAUACUACUUUGACAAGAGAUACAACGUAGUGUAAAGUGCGUCAGUACGUAGAGGUCAUUGAAAGUAUCACCAGAUUUUGUCCAACCAAGACAAGGAUACUUAAUAUUAGAUAUGUCGACUCCAGCGAGGCGAAGACUUAUGAGAGAUUUCAAGAGAUUGCAAGAAGAUCCACCAACUGGAGUUUCAGGAGCGCCAACUGAUAAUAACAUUAUGAUAUGGAAUGCUGUUAUAUUUGGGCCCCACGACACACCCUUCGAGGAUGGUACUUUUAAACUUACUAUUGAGUUCACUGAAGAAUAUCCAAAUAAACCACCGACUGUUAGAUUUGUUAGUAAAAUGUUCCAUCCAAAUGUUUAUGCUGAUGGUGGAAUAUGUUUGGAUAUUUUACAAAAUCGUUGGAGUCCAACAUACGAUGUUUCAGCAAUUUUAACAUCAAUACAGUCGCUGUUAAGUGAUCCAAACCCGAAUUCACCCGCCAACUCAAUGGCAGCACAACUUUAUAAAGAGAAUCGACGCGAGUACGAGAAACGAGUGAAGGCGUGUGUGGAACAAAGUUUUGUGGAUUAAUUGCUGGCUUAUGUGCCUACGUUGAGCUACUACUAUCAACAACAUUAUACAUCUAUUUUGGAAGGAGAUGUCAAGCCUUACCAUGGAGUUAACGCUAACCAUUUAGCAUUAUCGCUCCUAAAUCCUAAAUUAAGAUUAACAUAACACAAAUAUUAAAAAUAAUCAUGUUAUUGAAAAAUUAAUGUAAAAAAAACACCAUCACAAAACUCUUAAAUUACAGUAACAUUCGACAUGUAAUUGGAUUUUUGUUAUUUUUUGAUUGAGUUGCAAUAAUAGAAAAAUACACCAGAAUAAUUAUUCAAAAAAAAAUAAAAUAAAAUAACAAUUAGAAUGAUUAUUAAACUCAAAAUUAUACUAAUGAGUCGUUAAAUUACUAUACUAUCGUAAUCGGUAUAUGUAUUGUUGUUUUUUUUAUUUUCAUUUACUUAUUUAAUUUUUUGAAUCACAAUAAUCUAACGUUGCUAAGUUUUUAAAAAUUUAAUUCGAGUACUAUCAAGUACGAUUAUUAUUUAAAUAUUUAUAAAUCGACAUAUUAGCAUUAACAAUAUUAAUAUUAAUAACUAAUAAAUCAAAUCUUGUGCGAUUAAAUCGUA